UGCCACUUCUAGUGGCUAUAUGUGUGUAAAUUCAAAUAAAUAACUAGUGGCAGUAUCAUCUACAUCACGUCUCAAAAGUCUCAAACCUUCGAGAGCAAAAAACAAAAAAACCAUCAAACCUUAUAUUCGACUUCGUAAAAGAAAUAGAAUUGAAGAAGACAUCAUUUCAACUUCUCCCUUUUAACAAAAUUUGAUCACCUUUUAUGUUCUAUAUCUAUAUGUCCAAAAAUGGAAAGCGCUGCUAUUCCCCAAGUGAAGGAGACAACUAAACCAGUAGUGCCACCGCCAAUAAGUCAAGAACCACCUCUUGCAUCUGUCGGCCCAACCAUGGCUACUCCGAACGACGUCGUUACACCACCACUUCAUGAUACUACUACUACACCUCUAGCUCCUAAAGUUGUCACCAAUACUGUCACACCUCAAGAGACUGAUUUUUCAUCAAAGGAAAGUUCAAAGGGAUCCCUUGACAGAGAUAUUGCUCUUUCACAGCUUGAAAAUGAAAAAAGGUCUUCUUUUGUCAAGGCAUGGGAAGAAAGCAAAAAAAGCAAAGUGGACAACAAGGCCCAAAAGAAGCUCUCUAAAGUUGCAACGUGGGAGAGUACCCAAAAAGCAAAGCUUGAAGCUAAACUGAAGACACUUGAGGAUCAACUAGCGCACAAGAAAGCAGAAUACGCAGAGAUGAUACAAAAUAAAGUAGCUCUAAUUCAUAGGGAAGCAGAUGAGAAGAGAGCUGUGGUUGACGCGAAACGAGGGCAAGAAUUUCUGAAAGCAGAGGAGACAGCGGCCAGGUACCGCGCUACGGGGAAAAUCCCUAAGAAGAAGCUUCUUGGAUUCUGUGGAUGUUAAUGAUGUUAUGAACUUGUGAAAGAUCACCAAGGAUAACAUUCACUUUUCACUUUGUAAAUUUCAUGUUGCUUCUUUUUAGCGUGUGUUCUUUGAUGAGUGUCCAAUUAGGUUCUCUGCUACUCUGUAUACAAAAACUACUCGUGUUGAAUAAAAUGUUGAUGAUAACGAGUCUGCUUAGAAAACUUCCAGAAAUUUGGAAGGGAAUUUUUGUAGUUGUGUUUUUUUUUUUUUUUCUUUACAAAAUUUUGUAGUUGUGUUCAAUGAGUUGAAAAAUCUAGAGUUCAUUAAUGAUAAAAAAUAAACAAGAAUUAUUUCUCUAAUAGCAAAUACUAGUGCUGGUGAACUCAAUUUGUUCCAAAACAUUUCACGAUAAAUAAGACAAGAAGCAUUUGUUACGUGUUUUUUUUCAAAAUUCAAUAAGUGGAACUAAG